AUGCAUCUGCAAACGGACCUGUCGUGCGAGAUCUCGUACAAGAGUUGUGAGGAGAAGAUACAGAUCUCGCAGGAAGCUGAGAUGCUGUACUACGAACUCAUCAGGGCCUUAGAAGAAGAGGAAACGCGUGUCCGAACAUUCACGACCUCCCUGGAUGAGCUCGCGGGUCGUGUACAAGCCGCUGAAGCUGCACGUUCAUCAUGGCGCGGCCCCGGCGACGCGAGAGAUGCGCGUGCGCAGCUCGACGCUGUAUCCCGCGCACGCGCACAACUACCUCCAUUAAGGAGGUUGGCUGACGAGCUUCACGCACAAGCUCAGCAGCUAGCGCGAGACAAGAUACAACUGCCUGAUCACUUACUUGCUAGAUUGGAUGAUUUGAAUACCAGAGUAUCUGGCCUGGUCUCCGGCGGCGAGGAACGCGUGCGCCAGCUAGCUGGUGUUGCAAGAGAUGGUGGCGCCGGCGCAGCGCAGGGCUUCCUCGCUGGCUCUGUGGAGAUACCUUGGGAGAGAGCCGUUACUCCUGCCAAUGUACCCUACUACAUCAACCAUGAACUAGAAACAACUCACUGGGACCACCCGAAGAUGAUCGAGCUGAUGAAUUCCUUGGCAGACCUGAACGAGGUUCGCUUCUCAGCGUACAGGACCGCACUGAAGCUGAGGACUGUGCAGAAAGCACUCUGCAUGCACAUGCUACAGCUGCCAGCUGCGUUAGAAGCGUUUGACUCCCACGGACUACGCGCUCAGAAUGACCGUCUGAUUGACAUACCUGACAUGAUCACUGUUCUCACUUCUUUAUAUGAGGUGAUUGCAGCCGAAAAUCCAAGUCUAGUGAAUGUGCCACUUUGCUUGGACCUGUCCAUCAACUGGUUGCUCAACGUGUACGACAGCCAGCGGACUGGACAGAUCCGGGUGCUCAGCUUCAAGGUCGGACUCGUACUUCUUUGCAAGGGACACUUGGAAGAGAAGUACAGAUAUCUGUUCCGGCUGAUCGCAGACCCAUCGUGUAGAGCCGACCAAAGAAAACUCGGAUUAUUGCUGCAUGAUUGCAUCCAGGUACCAAGACAGCUUGGUGAAGUGGCUGCCUUCGGAGGCUCAAACAUAGAACCUUCAGUGAGGAGCUGCUUCGAACAGGCAUCAGCUGCCACCAAGGAAGGCAAUAAGGGAGGCACUUUGGACAGGAAAGUUGAAAAAGACAAAGAGAAGGAGGAACCUUCUAAAGAAAAGACCUUGGAGCGUGAUGCGGACGGGCAGCUACAGUUCAUAGAAGCGUUCCACUUCCUGCAGUGGCUGCAGAAGGAGCCGCAGUCCAUGGUGUGGCUGCCCGUGCUGCACCGCCUCGCCGCCGCCGAGACUGCCAAGCAUCAGGCCAAGUGCAACAUCUGCAAGGAGUACCCGAUCAUUGGGUUCAGAUACCGUUGCCUGAAAUGUUUCAACUUCGACAUGUGCCAGAAGUGCUUCUUCAACGGCCGCAAAGCAAAGAACCACAAGCUGACGCAUCCUAUGCAGGAGUAUUGCACUGCUACUACUUCGGGCGAAGAUGUGCGUGACUUCACUCGAGCGUUGCGCAAUAAGUUCAAGUCAGCUCGCUACUUCAAGAAGCAUCCACGAGUUGGUUACCUUCCCGUGCAAACUGUUCUUGAAGGUGAUGCCUUGGAGUCUCCGGCCCCAUCUCCACAACACGGCAGUGCUUCAGGCUCGGCUCUGGGCGGUGACGACAUGCACUCACGUCUGGAACUGUAUGCCACCAGACUGGCCCAGGUUGAACUUGGAGCCAAAUCUGGAGAUACUCCUGACAGUGACGAGGAACAUCAGCUGAUCGCUCAAUACUGCGCAUCACUCAAUGGCGGCGGAGAAACUGAUGAUGCACCACGCUCACCCGUUCAGGUUGUCUCCAUCAUUCACCGUGAGCAGAGACACGAACUCGAGGCUAUGAUCAGAGAGCUUGAGGAAGAAAACGCCAGUCUCCAAGCUGAAUAUGAGCGUUUGAAAGCUAAGCAGACUCCAGGAUCUACUCCCGAGGAGCAGCAUGGCGUCAAUGAUAACAGGAACGCUCCUGUCGACCAGGAUAUGAUGGCUGAAGCCCGUCUGCUAAGGCAGCACAAGGGUCGCUUGGAGGCGCGCAUGCAAAUCCUCGAGGAACACAACCGACAGCUCGAGGCUCAACUGCAGAGACUGAGGAGACUGCUUGAUGAGCCUGCCCAAGGUUCCCCACCAGCUCGCACAGGCACACUGCAGACUCGUUCUGUGACCGCAUCGCAACUUGCUACCGAUUCUCCGGCAAAAAUGCAUAAUGGACUAUACCAUGAGUCGCAAACUAACGGUGGCACUCGCUGGGCAGGUGCGGAAAGGGAGGCGAUGGAGCGGCCACCACCACCGCCGCAUCAGGUGCACUCGCUCAUGCACUGCGCAGAUGACCUUGGCCGCGCCGUCGAAGAACUAGUGUCAGUAAUGACGGAGGACACACAAAACCAAACAUCGAACUCUCCUCCACAAUACACCAACGGGAAACCACCCACCAAAGAGUAG